GUUCAGAAAAAAGAAGACUUUUAGCAAACUACUAUUAAACGCAUAGCCAUUUCAACAACGCUGAACCGUGAGAUGUCUGGACUUUCCCGAGCGCUUUGUUCAAAUUCCAUGCGACCGGUUUUCAUCGCGCUUUCUGGUUUGCUGGUGGCCAGUUCAAUAUCUGCUGAUCCAGUCGUGAAUGGGACUGUUGGAGAGUCCGUUGUCUUGCUCGCUGGGUUCUCUCAACAAUCAGACAUUACUGGAGUGGAAUGGAGUUUCGGUACAGAUGUCAUUGCUAAUGAAGGAAAUAUUAAUGGAACUAAGCAGUUCAAAGAUAGGGUGCAUCUGAACAGAACAGACUGGUCUUUAACAAUCAAUCUGCUCAGAGCUGAAGACAGUGGAGAAUAUAAUUGUGCUUUUGAAACAGCUACUGGUCAGCUCCCAACACACGCGGUUACUCUUCGAGUUUAUGAAAAGAUCGAGUCGGAGGUGACGAGGAAACCAUCGCAUGAAACCUGCCGUGCGACGCUGCUCUGCACCACGAACCAACGAGAACACGUCUCCUACCGCUGGAAGAGAGGGGACCAGGAUUUACCUGAGCAUGCUGGGAUACUGGAGGUGGCCCUGAGCCCUGGAGAGAUUAAUGUUACCUUCACCUGCAUCGCUUCUAAUCCAGUCAGUGAGGCAACAGCGUCUAUCCGGGAGAGCUGUGACUACAUUGCUUUUGUUACAGAGUCCUCAGGGGGUGUUUCGUUCUGUGUGUUGAAGUCGGUCCUUCUCUCUGUGGGUCUGGUUCUGAUGAUCUCUGCUGUGAUCGGAGUCCAUGUGAGGGAUUGCAUGCAUACAAAAAGAAAUGUGCGGCGGCAUCGAGCAGCAUGUGAGACUUAAAGGAAGCAGAGACCGGUUUAGCCUCCUGCACUGAGAAAGGACUGCAGACCCGCAGAGCGGCUGAAUGCAAACCUGCACUGAGAAAGGAC